GCUUUGCCACUUGUUUCCAAGUUCCAGAUCGCCAGCAUGUCGGAGACCGCUCCUGCCGCCCCCGCUGCCGCGCCCCUUGCGGAGAAGGCCCCAGUGAAGAAGAAGGCGGCCAAGAAGUCUGCAGGGGUACGCCGCAAGGCGUCCGGGCCGCCGGUGUCCGAACUCAUCACCAAGGCCGUGGCCGCCUCCAAGGAGCGCAGCGGCGUGUCGCUGGCCGCGCUCAAGAAGGCGCUGGCUGCCGCCGGCUAUGAUGUGGAGAAGAACAACAGCCGCAUCAAGCUGGGCCUCAAGAGCCUGGUGAGCAAGGGCACCUUGGUGCAGACCAAGGGCACCGGCGCCUCCGGCUCCUUCAAGCUCAACAAGAAGGCGGCCUCCGGGGAGGCCAAGCCCAAAGCCAAAAAGGCGGGCGCGGCCAAGCCCAAGAAGGCUGCUGGGGCAGCCAAGAAACCGAAGAAGGCCGCGGGGUCAGCCACCCCCAAGAAGAGCGCCAAGAAGACCCCGAAGAAAGCGAAGAAGCCAGCGGUGGCUACUGUGGCCAAAAAGGUAGCCAAGAGCCCCAAGAAGGCGAAGGCUGCGAAGCCCAAGAAGGUCGCCAAGAGCGCAGCCAAGGCUGUGAAGCCCAAGGCCGCCAAGCCCAAGGUUGCCAAGCCCAAGAAGGCGGCACCCAAAAAGAAAGAUGAUGUGAAGACAGAAAGAACUGGAUUUGCAGACAGAGGGAAAGAGCUACUGACCAAGGUGGAGAUGUGGGUGCUGGAACCAGAGGCCGAGUAUAGGGGGACUUCUAAUUUGGAGGGAGGAAGACUGAGAAACCUGAAAGAAGAAAGGUCACCCGAAAGACAAGUAACCUGAGGCCCACAGACUGGUCAUGCUCAGGAAUGAGACGGCACAGGUGGGACCGAAGGAACGCCCUGGCUCCUGAUUUCCGGCAGAAGAGAGGACAUGAACUUCUCAGUUCCUUCUUCGGUGUCUUUCAGCAGCUUUCAAUGUGUUUUUCGUGCCUUCUCCUUUGCAGUCAGUAAUAUACACAUUUAAAUGAGUUUUUUCACUUCCUAGAAAAACAAAGCCUGCCCUUUACUUAAAAAUAAUACCUAUUACAGCCCUGGCUGGUGUGGUUCAGUCCUCUUGAUAGAAGACUCAAGAGUUGGAAAAUCGUAGUUUAAGGUAAAUUGUUAUAAGCCUAGUAAGUAACGCAUAUGUUAAAGCUAUUGUUUUAGAAACUGCAGAUAAGGCCCGUCCUGGCUCGUGGGAGAGACAGCGGACCUCCUGGGCCACCGCUAAAGAUUAUGGCCAGGGGAAAAGUAGAGGCAUCUGGGCCACUGCGUUCUAGGGACAGACAGACACCACCUGUCCCUGGGAACAGCUAACUGCCCAGGACAAGAAUGCUACAUUUUCUUUCACCUAAUUCUCUCUAGAUUUUAAAACCCCUCACCGCACUUUGUUUAUUCCUUGUUAUAAAAACAUUGGCCUGAAAAGAAAAUGUAAGACAGUUCUGUUAGGGUGCGAACCUGCUGUGUACUCCAAUUGCCGGCUGUCUGAAUAAAGCGCCCAUAAAGAUUUAA